GGCAGGCCUAGGUCAGCUCUGUCUAUCAGAGUUGGUUGGGAAAGAGCAUAUGUUCUUUCUCAACGCUCCACUAUGCGGAAGCCCUCGUGUGUGUGUGCGUGUGUGCGUGCGUGCGUGUGUGUGAAUGCAGACAUUGUUUGAUAGCAAUGAGGUGGAAAAGGGGUCCUGUGCCUCAAAGAAGAAGGAAAGAAGAGAGGAGAUGAUGGAGAAGGGAAGAGAGAGACGCUGAAAGUAGGUCAGGUGCUUAGGGGAAGGGAAAGGGGGAUACCUAGUCAGUUGUACAACUGAAUGCAUUCAACUGAAAUGUGUCUUCCGCAUUUAACCCAACCCCUCAGAGAGGUGCGGGGGGGCUGCCUUAAUCGACACCCACGUCUUCGGCGCCCGGGGAGAUAGGGAGGAAUAGAAAAAUAAUACCCACAGAGCUCAGCUAGAUGACUUAGAAUCUGUGGAAGAAACACAUUUGUUGAAGUGAGAGAAUGAAACAGAAUCUGUGGAAGAAACAUACAUUUGUUGAAAGUGAGAGAACGAAGCAGAAUGAGUGGAAGAAACAGACAUUUGUUGAGAGAGAGGAUUGGGUAAUAUGCUGUGUGUGUGUGUAAGAACGUUAGCUAGGCUGGAAUAUAAAUCUAAUUUAUCCUCUAGAUACCGCUGAUCAGCAAAUCUGCUCAAAUCCUACAUCUCACACACACACACAUUGAAAAAAACGACACAACCGAAUCCUCUCAUCUAAGUGGGAUUUGAGAGGCUUAGUUUUGUUUACUUAAACCUUUAAAUCUGAAAACACACACACACACAUUAUUGUGUAAGUACUGUAUCAGUCGCACAUUCAUAAGCAAAAACAAGCUCAUUUGUUUCGUACCUUUGAAAUCUCUCACAAAAACCUACACACAACCACAAACACACAACCACAUACAGCAGUGCAGCACAAGACAAUCUCUCUCUCUCUCUCUCUCUCUCUCUGUCUCACUGUGAUGGGAGUAUUACAUCUGGGGAGUGAACAUAGAUAAAUAAAGAAGAGAAAAGAAGAGAGGGAUCCAUAGUGCUGGUGGGAUGGGAAUGGAGAGAGAGAGAGGCAUGGGCAAUCCGCCAAAAGCUGACGAAAGCUGCUUAGCGCAACCAGUUGCCAUGGAUACAGUCAGGGGCAGCACCUUGUGUGUGAGAAAAAAAGAGAGGGAGGGAAAACCAACAGGCAAGCGUCAGACAGAACCAGUGAGGAAGUGAGAGAACACCAAGCUGCAGGACAGAGAGAGAGCGAGGGAGAGGGAGGGAAAACCAACAGGCAAGCGUCAGACAGAACCAGUGAGGAAGUGAGAGAACACCAAGCUGCAGGACAGAGAGAGAGUGAGAGAGACAGAGGGAGCGUGAGAGAGACAGAGAGAGACAGCCAGAGCAAAAGAGUGAUAGAGUGAUAGCUAGAAGAUGGAGGUUCAGUCAGAAUGCGUUGAGCCUCCUCCACCUCCACGCGAUCCCCAGCCGCCAGGGAAGAUCAACAAAGCAGCCUUCAAGCUGUUCGGAAAACGACGCUCCGGAAUGGUUGGAUUCUUCUCUUUCAGGAACAAAGGGGUCAACAGGAACGGGAAUUCUGUGAAUGUGAAUUCUGUGGGGGCUACUAACGAGCUCGUCAGGAGUAAAACGCAUGGCGGACUAACGAGCUUGGAACCAGACGGACAGAGAGGGGAGGAGUCCGGAAUAUCAGAGGCGGGACAGGUGAGGUCUCUCAGCAAAUCACUGAGCUUCUUUUCGCUGCUCAGACGAGGAAGUGUGAGAGUCAAUGAGAAUACAGGGUUUGGGAGAAGGGGGAGGGGUUUAAAAGGCUUCUUCAGUAGUAUAAAAUGGCGGCGGAAGGAGAACGUGAUGGCGGGAGAGGGGGAGGUAGCGGAGGUGAGAGAGGGGGAAGUGAUUCUAACAGAAGAAGUGAAAGACAUCACUCUGACCCUCGAACCCCAGCCCCGCCCGCCCCUGGAGGAUCAUGGUAGCUCGGAGGCUGAGAAAAACACAGAAUCGGCAGGAACCUCUCCCUUCAACAACGCCACGACACCACUUACGCAAUCAAUCGCCUUGACGACAAACCUGUCAGAAUCCCUCUAUACGCCAUCCCCCUCCCCUCUCCGCACCGUUCUCCACUCAAAACCCAAAACGUCAAUUUCCUCUGUAACGGCCAUCCCCCCUCUGGAUCAGUGUGACCCCCACUCCGAACCCUCAGUGGACCGGCUCUGUUCAGUCCUCUUCACUGACGUCACUUCACUCAAGAGCUUCGAUUCACUGACGGGGUGCGGUGACAUCAUCGCAGAUGCAGAGGAGGAGGGGGCAGGAAACGGGGGAGGAGGAGUAGGAAGUGCUACUAGCAGUAGCACUAGUAGUGGGGAAGGAGGAGGAGGAGGAGGAGUACGAAGCUCCAUUAAUACCCAUGUCACCCCUUCCACCCCUACCUCUACCUCCGCUACUGCCUGUACCCCUGGCCCCCUCCCUGCCAGAGCACGGUUGAUGCCCUCUCACUCUGCCCCGACUCAGCAGCCCUCUGGCAGUGGCGUGGUGGCCUACAUGGGGGGUGGGGAGGAGAUGGCCAGCCCUGACGGGGUGGAUGACGCAGACAUGCAGGGGCUCUGGCACAUGCUCCCCUCUGGGGGAGAAAACUCCCCCACUUUCCUCCGAUCCAACUCUCACCUGGCUCCCCCGAGGGGUACAGAGCGGAAAUUCACCCAGGUCAAGUCUCUGGGACUCAGCAAGAUCCCUGUAGUGGGGGGAGGAGGGGGAGGAAGGGUGACUAAACUCCCCACUCACGCCGCUUGCCAAACCUCCUCUCCCAAUGAGAAGGAGACUAAGGAGGAAGUCCCACCCCAACAGGAUGUCCCGGCUCUUAGGGAUGAGGGCUACUGGGAUACGCCCUCUGCAACCCCCACGGCAACGCCUGACAACGGCUUCCUGCGGAACCAGAGGCUUGGCCUAUUGUGUGACAGCUGCUCUGGCGAUGCGCUCUACGACCUUUACAACGAGGAAUUGGAAAGAUCUGAUGACGAGGAAGAGGAAGAAGAUCUGAUGAGUACUCCUUCCACCUCCGCAUGUGAGUACAAACUCAGCCCUCUGGCCCGGACUACUCCUCCUUUCUCCUCCUCCUCUUCCUCUUUCCACUCGAUGAAGGGAAGCACUAGCCUUCCCCGCGAGUCCAAAAUCCCUCUUAGUGUCAGACAGACCACACCCCCUCACUCUGUGAGCCAAUCAGCUCUUUCCUUUGUCCACGCAACCGCUCCUCCCUCUGACACACCCACCCAUGCCCCUCUCCCAGCACGGACCAGAAUCCCUGUCUCCAAGGUACCAGUCCGUCGCCCUGGGAACAAGGCCGGCAACGCUACACAGGGGCCAGCCCCCAGGAAGUAGCUUUAGCCAGGCAGCCAUGAACUUUGGUAUCUUUGGACUGAACCUGUGUACACCAUCACUGGUCUUAUGUUUAAGACAUUGCUGGACUGGUGGGUUGUGGAAGGCAUCAGACAAUGAUAGACAGAAGAACUCUAAGCAACACUCCCAUUGGAUCCUAGUGGGUCAUCACUGGUCGUGUGUGUGCAACAUCACUGGUCGUGUGUGUACAACAUCACUGGUCGUGUGUGUGCAACAUCACUGGUCGUGUGUGUACAACAUCACUGGUCGUGUGUGUUCAACAUCACUGGUCGUGUGUGUUCAACAUCUCUGGUCGUGUGUGUGCAACAUCACUGGUCGUGUGUGUGCAACAUCACUGGUCGUGUGUGUGCAACAUCACUGGUCGUGUGUGUGCAACAUCACUGGUCGUGUGUGUGCAACAUCACUGGUCGUGUGUGUGCAACAUCACUGGUCGUGUGUGUGCAACAUCACUGGUCGUGUGUGUGCAACAUCACUGGUCGUGUGUGUGCGCAACAUCACUGGUCGUGUGUGUGCAACAUCACUGGUCGUGUGUGUGCAACAUCACUGGUCGUGUGUGUGCAACAUCACUGGUCGUGUGUGUGCAACAUCUCUGGUCGUGUGUGUGCAACAUCACUGGUCGUGUGUGUGCAACAUCACUGGUCGUGUGUGUUCAACAUCACUGGUCGUGUGUGUACAACAUCACUGGAAUUAUGUGUAUGGGAAACAUGUAUAUUAUGUGUAUAAGAAACAACUCUUCAAGUGGGGGAAGGGAGCGCACAGAAAAGUUUGGGAUCCACAUUUUUAGACAACUCUCAUCGCUUCCUGACCAGAUUUUUUCAACUCUCAUCGCUUCCUGUAAAUUUUGGUCAUAUAAAUCAACUGCAUUACACACCGCUAGGAAGGACCAGAGGACCUUUCACACCGCUAGGAAGGACCAGAGGACCUUUCACACCGGUAGGAAGGACCAGAGCACCUUUCACACUGCUAGGAAGGACCAGAGCACCUUUCACACCGCUAGGAAGGACCAGAGCACCUUUCACACCGCUAGGAAGGACCAGAGCACCUUUCACACUGCUAGGAAGGACCAGAGCACCUUUCACACUGCUAGGAAGGACCAGAGCACCUUUCACACCGCUAGGAAGGACCAGAGCACCUUUCACACUGCUAGGAAGGACCAGAGCACCUUUCACUCCACUAGGAAGGACCAGAGCACCUUUCACACCGCUAGGAAGGACCAGAGCACCUUUCACUCCGCUAGGAAGGACCAGAGCACCUUUCACACCGCUAGGAAGGACCAGAGCACCUUUCACACCGCUAGGAAGGACCAGAGCACCUUUCACUCCGCUAGGAAGGACCAGAGCACCUUUCACUCCGCUAGGAAGGACCAGAGCACCUUUCACACCGCUAGGAAGGACCAGAGCACCUUUCACACCGCUAGGAAGGACCAGAGCACCUUUACCUUUUCUCUUCAAGUCCUUUUUUCUAAAAGACAGAUUUUAUAUGAUACAACGUGUUUAAUCUAACAACAGUCUAAUAUAAUUAAACAGUUUGGAAUGUGUCAUCAUCUAAUCUGUAACUAAUUACCUCCUAAUCCCAGACUCCAAUCCUUAAUCUGUCAUUUUGUCAUGCCAUUUAGCAGACAUUUUUAUCCAAAGUGAUUUACAGUAAUGCAGGUGGGAGGAGCUAUAUGAGGGAGGGCUCAUUGUAAAGGCUGGAAUGGAAUUAAUGGAACAGAGUCAAACAUGUUACUCUUUGUGUGAUACCAUUCCAUUUAUUCCAUUGAGCCCAUCCUCCCACCAGUGAGUCAUACAUGCAUAUUAUUAUAUUAUUUUUUAUGAUGGGUGAUCCCAGGAAUCAAAGCCACCAUCCUGGCAUUGCAAGCGCACUGUGCUACCAACUGAGCUACAGUGGACCACCGUCUUCUAAAACCUGAUUGGUUGUACUGCUGACUAUUUUUCUACUGCCAGUGGAUGGCUGUGAUGACAACAUUGCUCAAAUAAAUCCGAGAGAAUGUAUGUAUGUUUAUUCAUUAAGGUGCACAUGGAGAUCACAGGAUACCUCACCUUGCCAGUGAAUGUAACCUAGAAACGCCCCUAAAACAUCCUCCUUAGUGAAACAUAAACACACACAUGGUCCUCUGGACCUGAUGGACUCCACCACUCAAACGAGCAACUACUGUACUGUGAUGACCUUACACAGCCGCACUGCAAUCUGGGAAAACAGCUGCAGGUUCAAUCUCUCUGGGAUUUACAACCAUAACAAAUCACCUAAUGGAAAACUGGAAAACUAACUGAACACUCUUGCUGCAUGAGGUGCCUGGAACACAAGGCACUAGGAUCAGGGAACACUGACACACACACACACACACACACACACACAUAUAUAUAUAUACAUUAAAUACUUUAUUUGAAUCCACCAAUCAAAUUUACAAAAAAUGGAUCCAAACAUUUCAAAGUCCCCGUUUUGCAUGGGCCUCAAGGGUACAGAAAGCAGCUCCUUCUCCAAACAGCUAGGCUGCCCAGAGCAGUACCUAGCCUACUGCUUUGCCCUAGUUUUUGUCAGGCCCGCAAUCUGGAGGCCACCCACUGCAAGCCUGUGUACAUGGCCGAGACUGACAAAUAUCAGGGCCACCAGCUUGCACCUCCAACUGAGACUGUCCAAGCGUGGCACGAGGGAAGCAGCUCCUCAGCAAACACACACACACACACACACACACACACACACACACACACACCACGUCAAGAACUGUCUUUUGUACCAACCCUGGAUGACUUUCUUCUCUACCAGGACACAUUAAUAUAAUGCUUUUUUUCUACGGAGUACUUUCUUCUUCACUAGUUUUCAUACUCUUUUUUUUUUUAUAGGAUAAUGUUUCAUGAGAUACCGCAACCAACCUUGACUGUGUCAACACCAGCUACUUACUGGGCUUUUGUUUUUGUUUCUGAUUAAUGAAGGUGUGUGUGAGGGUGGGGGUGGGGUUCCAAGCUUGCCUAUGGCAUACAUUCAGGAGUAUAUUUCACCCCGCCCACCCCCAAUCCUCGAAUCAGGAGAAACCUUCACCCCCCCAUCCCCAAAUCAGGAGAAACCUUCACCCCCCCAUCCCCAAAUCAGGAGUAACCUUCACCCUCCGUCCCCAAAUCAGGAGAAACCUUCACCCCCCAUCCCCAAAUCAGGAGAAACCUUCACCCUCUGUCCCCAAAUCAGGAGUAACCUUCACCCCAUCCCCAAAUCAGGAGUAACCUUCACCCCCCAUCCCCAAAUCAGGAGAAACCUUCACCCCCAUCCCCAAAUCAGGAGUAACCUUCACCCCCAUCCCCAAAUCAGGAGAAACCUUCACCCCCAUCCCCAAAUCAGGAGAAACCUUCACCCUAUGUCCCCAAAUCAGGAGUAACCUUCACCCCCAUCCCCAAAUCAGGAGAAACCUUCACCCCCAUCCCCAAAUCAGGAGAAACCUUCACCCUCUGUCCCCAAAUCAGGAGUAACCCUCACCCUCUGUCCCCAAAUCAGGAGUAACCUUCACCCCCAUCCCCAAAUCAGGAGUAACCUACACCCUCCAUCCCCAAAUCAGGAGAAACCUUCACCCCCAUCCCCAAAUCAGGAGAAACCUUCACCCUCCGUCCCCAAAUCAGGAGUAACCUUCACCCCCCAUCCCCAAAUCAGGAGUAACCUUUACCCUCUGUCCCCAAAUCAGGAGUAAUCUUCAUCCCCAAAUCAGGAGAAACCUUCACCCUCUGUCCCCAAAUCAGGAGAAACCUUCACCCCCCCAUCCCCAAAUCAGGAGAAACCUUCACCCUCUGUCCCCAAAUCAGGAGAAACCUUUACCCUCUGUCCCCAAAUCAGGAGUAACCUUCACCCUCCAUCCCCAAAUCAGGAGAAACCUUCACCCCCCAUCCCCAAAUCAGGAGAAACCUUCAUCCUCUGUCCCCAAAUCAGGAUGAACCUUCAUCCCCAAAUCAGGAGUAACCUUUACCCUCUGUCCCCAAAUCAGGAGUAACCUUUACCCUCUGUCCCCAAAUCAGGAGUAACCUUCACCCCCCGUCCCCAAAUCAGGAGAAACCUUCAUCCUCUGUCCCCAAAUCAGGAGUAACCUUUACCCUCUGUCCCCAAAUCAGGAGUAACCUUCACCCCCCAUCCCCAAAUCAGGAGUAACCUUCAUCCCCAAAUCAGGAGAAACCUUCACCCUCUGUCCCCAAAUCAGGAGAAACCAUCAUCCCCAAAUCAUAGACACGCUCCCCAUGCUUCCCUCAUCCUGCUGUUAUACUAUACCAUUAGGCGUUACAGACCUAUAAACAAUGAGAUCUGAAUGCAGAAUGACGUCACUCUUAGCCUUACAUCUACCUUCCUGUCUGUCCAUCUCUCUGUCUUUCUAUUAUUCCCUCUGGUGUGAAUAUCUUUGUUUUCUUUCACUCUGUUAAUGGUGUGAAUAUCUUUGUUUUCUUCCGUUCUGUUAAUGGUGUGAAUAUCUUUGUUUAAUUAAUAAACCGCUGUGUUCGCGCUAAUCGAGA